AUUCCACACCGCUCGAAGAGGAUAAUUUAUGUAGGAAUAAAGUGAUACAUUUAACUGACAAACCAUCGCUUUUCAUGCUGAAAUUAGCUGCCAAGUUUGGGUGUAUUUCUGACAUGUUGUACAUUGCUAUGUUUUAUUACAAGACAUUCAGAUACUUUGAAGCUUUAAAUAUCAUAGAAUCUACAAAAGCCAAGUUAGCACAGCCAUAUGUAAUGUUAAGGGGAGAUAUGAAUCCACAGGCCUACAAGGCUGUAUGGAAACUUUCCUGGUCUACAAAGAUGAGAGAGGCUGUAGCAUGGGAUAUUAUUCCGAACAAUAAAAUUUGUUACAUUAAUGAAUUAGUGCUAGAACAACAGUCAGGGUUACAGUGUGGUUUACCAUUAUUACACAUCCCCCUCUAUGUUCUCUUACACAUGUUAGAGGUCUUGUGUUACAGACAUGUAGACCCAGUUAGAACACAAAGAGUUCUAGAUGAUCUACAAGAUCUUGUACACCAUGAUCCGGAAUUCUUCCUCUUUCCUGAACAUAAUGUGAAAAUGGCUUCUUAUAGUUGGAGUGAUUUAGGUAUUCAGCAUUUAUCAGAGUCUGUGUUUGUGGGACUGCGUCGCAUAGUUGGGACCUCUCAACAGGUGACCAUGAGGAGAGAAAUACUUGAUAUGGACGAAGUGAUACAGAAUUAUAUACUUUCAAGUGAUAAAAAAAUCAAAACGGAGACAAGUGGCAGUUAUAUGGAAGGAUUCAGGCUGAAGGGGUCAGAUGUAGACAUGAUGUGUUGGCCAAGUGACCACAAUAUAAUUUGGGACUUGGAUCAGGCUCAGAAUUAUGACUUAAAUAGAAAAACACUGAUUCUCUGUGAUUGUUCGGAAAGUUUGCCUGGAUUUGCUUUACUUGAACUAUUGACAAAGACUCAUCUGAGAUCUAUAGAGAAUGCAUUUAUAAGAAUCAAUGACAGAUUCUAUAUAUCAAGUGCUAAGUACAGAAGGAAUGAAUUUCAUUUUCUUGGAUUUAGGGAACAUGGACCUUGUAGUAACGGUUUUAUUGCAGAAUUUGAAUAUGACUUCGCCAUGUGUUUUGUCUGUGACUUUUGGCCCCCUCCAGCUUGCCAGUGGAGAAACAGAUGUCACUCAUGGCCCCCGCCUCCUAUCAUUGAUGAAAUAGUCAGAAAAGGAUGUCAUUUUGUAGCAAUAGGUCACAAACUAGGAAAUCACCCCGAUAGUGAAUGGAGAAUUUCCUUUUCUUCGGCUGAAAAAUGUCUAGUUUCCUCAAUGAAUCAUUGCCAAUUCCUAACGUACGGUCUGCUUAAAUUGUUCUUGAAAGAAUGUAUCAACAGUGGAUUAAAUGAAGAGGAUAAAUUACUGUGUUCUUAUCACAUGAAGACGGUUGUUUUUUGGGUGAUUCAACAAAAUAUGAUACCUAACUGGUGUCCACAAAAUCUUCUGAAGUGUUUCUGGAUCUGUUUUAAACUUAUCCUGAAAUGGGUGUAUGACGGCUUUUGUCCAAACUUUUUUAUUCCAGAAAACAACAUGUUUCUGAGUAAAAUUCAUGGUCAAGCACAAAAAGAAUUGUUUAUUAGACUCCAUGGAUUAUAUGAGAAGGGUUUAGCAUGCCUGCUUUACAGUCCAUCCAUCCGAACCCAUGUUAUAAGUGUCCUUCUAAAUCCUAGGCAAUCUGUUUGUACAGAUGAAGAUGCUUUGCUUUCUAAGUCCAAGUUUGAAGUAGAUGUAUUCUAUGAGAUAUAUAACACCAAUCUAUCCAUAUUGGACUUACACACUUGUAUGAAGUUCCUUAUUGCUAUAGAAAGGUUCACAAUUUUACCCCUUACACAAUACAAGACACUUGUUUUACAGCAGAGUACAGCUAUUACACUCGAGAGCACAGCUUUUAUUUUACUCAACUUCUUAACAGAUUCAAUAGCACUCGAAGUGAAUACCAACACAUGUAGAAAUAAAGAGAUAUAUUUAACUGACAAAACGUCCCUUUACAUGCUAAGAUUAGCUGCUAAGUUUGGGUUCAUUUCCGACAUGCUGUACAUUGCCAUGUAUUAUUACAAGACAUUCAGAUACUCGGAAGCUUUAAAUGUCAUAGAAGCUAUAAAAGCUAAGUUAGGACGACCAUAUUCAGUGUAUAUGAGAUGUGUUUACCCACAGAGAUAUACUGAGGCUGUAGGGAGACUUUCCUUGUCUACAAAGAUGAGAAAGAUAGCAUGGGACAUUUGCCUGAACAAAAUCAUUUGUUACAUUAAUAAAUUAGAGCCAGAACAACUGUCUGGGAUCCAGUGUAGUAAUUUUAUGUUAUAUGUCCCCCUCUAUAUUCUCUUACACAUGUUAGAGGUCUUGUGUUACAGACAUGUAGACUCAGUGAGAACACAAAGAGCUCUAAAUGAUCUACAAGAUCUUGUACACCAUAAUGAAAUGGACAUACUUGGAUAUGGAAAAGACAUCUCAUGGGAGAUCCUAGGGAUUUGUCAACAAAUUACUGGGAAUUACCAAGCUGCUCUGUAUUCAUACCAACAAUCCUUAACACAAGAAGCAUUCAACAAAAUACAAACCGCUACAUUAAUGAGGAUACGACAAAUCAUGGAUUUAAUCCAUAGAGUCUAA